CCAUGGUGAUCGUCUUCUUCUCUAACUCCUACUACAUCAUGAUCCUGGUGUGGGGCCUCUUCUACCUGGUGCACUCGCUGACGGACACCCUGCCCUGGGCCACCUGCGGCCACUCCUGGAACACGGAGCAGUGCACCGAGCUCUUCCACCUCGAGCUCUGCCACAACAGCAGUGCCAAUGCCAGUGCCGGGCUCUUCAACAUCAGCUGCUCCGACAUGGCCAACAAGCGUUCGCCCGUCAUUGAAUUUUGGGAGAAUAAGGUGCUGCGACUCUCGGGGGACCUCAGCGAGCCGGGGGAGAUGAACUGGCAGAUGAUCCUCUGCUUGAUCACCACCUGGGUCGUCGUCUACUUCUGCAUCUGGAAAGGCGUCAAGUCCACCGGGAAGAUCGUCUACUUCACAGCGCUCUUCCCCUACGUGGUCCUCAUCCUGCUGCUGGUCCACGGGGUGACGCUGCCUGGGGCGCUGGGCGGCAUCGUCUACUACCUGAAACCCGACUGGUCCAAGCUGGCUGAGGCACAG